AAAACAGUGUAAUAAACAAUAGACAUGCUCAAUAUUGAUUGAAUUAAUCGCCUUCUAAAUUUCCCGCAGCCAGCUGGCACUCAAUAAGCAAAUUGUUCUUUUACUACGGCGACACCGCCCUCUGCUCCUGGAUCUUCACAAAGAAAAUGGAGCGUCCUUAACAUUUCAGUCUGGGAAAAGGAAUCCCUCUACUCCCACCCUGAAUGGAGAGGUGACUGUGGAAGUUGCUUUGGGGGAAGGGGAGGAGUCGGCAUUUGUUACAGGUUGCGAAAUAUACAUGUUGCGAACAAAAUUGUUACGAGAUUUUUGGCGCCAAAAGUAGGUGUUUGGCAUGGGGGGAUGGGAGGGUAAGGGGCGGGACUUGAUUCAAGGCAUUAAACUGAGUUACACGCACUCUAGGUUAAAGCACUUUAGUGUAGCAGGGCAGGGAAUGAGUAAGAGUGGGGAAGAGCGAAAAUAUACCGGAGUGCAGUGAGGAGAAAGUCUCCGGGUCUUACGCAGCCCAUCAGCGUGUCUUAUCUCUGAUAGUCGGUAUUAACAACCAAGCCGCUGUGGGAGUCUUAGACCAGGAAAAGAAAGUAGAAAACAGCCAAGCAGAGAAAAGCAGGAACAACUCCGCUUGCUCGUGGAAUUUAUUACAUUUACUGCUUUGCUCUGGAGUUUGUUUGGGGCUCCGCUAUCAUUCCAGGAGCCCCUUUAUACAGCCGCUGCUAAUUUCUUCGAACAAAAUGCCUCUGACUGCAUCUCCUUUCCUGGGGAAAAGCUACAACUAUGAUUACGAUUACGACUCCUUCCAGCCGGUGUUCUAUGACGAGGAGGAGAAUUUUUAUCACCAACAGUUGCCGGCUCCGAGCGAGGAUAUCUGGAAGAAGUUUGAGCUGCUGCCCACCCCUCCCCUGUCCCCCAGCCGGCGACCCAGCUUUAGCUUGUAUCCUUCUAACGCCGACCAGCUGGAAAUGGUCACGGAGUUCCUGGGCGAUGACUUGGUAAACCAGAGCUUCAUCUGCGACUCGGAAUCCAUUAUCAUUCAGGAUUGUAUGUGGAGUGGCUUCUCGGCCGCCGCCAAACUGGAGAAGGUGGUGAGUGAGAGGCUGGCGUCCCUGCAGGCUUCGAGGAAGGAGACGGGAACUCCAUGUACCGGUGUGCCCUCUUCGUCUCCGUGCAGUCGCUCUUCACCGACACCACCGCUGCGGUCGCCGCCGUCUGUGCCUGCAGCCGACGCCGCUACUGCGCCCCGCCGCUUGGGCUCGCUGGGGCUGGGCGCAGCCUCCGCUUAUCUGCAGGACCUGAGCGCCGCCGUGGCCGAGUGCAUCGACCCUUCCGUCGUCUUCCCUUACCCCUUCGCCGAGCACAAAAGUGGCUUGCACCUACCACCGGGAGACGCAACUCCUCCCGCCACGGACACGCCGAGUGACUCCGAAGAAGAACAAGAUGACGAGGAAGAGGACGACGAAGAUGAGGAGGAGGAGGAGGAUGAGGAAGAGAUUGACGUGGUUACAGUUGAGAAGAGACAGCCCUCAGCCAGGAGGGCAGAGCUGAACACCAAUACAGCUGGUUUGGUCAGGCCUCAUCACAGCCCCCUGGUCCUAAAGCGCUGUCACGUCCCCAUCCACCAGCACAACUACGCUGCCCCCUCCCCACAGCCCCCGGCAAAGCGGCUCAGAAUGGAGAGCAGCCGCAUCCUCAAGCAAAUUAGUACCAACAGUAAAAGCAAGUGCCCAAGUCCUAGGAUGUCGGACUCAGAGGAGAUCGACAAGAGGAGGACGCACAAUGUGUUGGAGCGACAGCGCAGGAACGAGCUGAAGCGGAGCUUCUUCGCCCUGAGGGACCAGAUUCCAGAGGUGGCCAAGAAUGACAGGGCGGCCAAGGUGGUCAUACUCAAAAAGGCCACUGAGCACAUAAUGUCCAUCCAGUCGGAUGAGCAGAGACUGAUGUCAGAGAAGGAGCAAUUGAGGAGGAAACGGGAGCAGUUGAAGCACAGGCUUGAGCAGCUGAGGAACUCUAGCAAACAGAGAUAUUAGGGAUUAUCCUCCUUGUUCAUUUUUCAUGGACUGCCAAAAGACUUCUGCUGUCUUGAUGAUCUCUGCCAGACUGUACUUUGCAUGCUUAUUGCAUAGUAGACUGAAACUACACAACCAUGGCCGAGCUGUGUGAGGAACACUGAAUAUGUUUUGGUCAGGAGAUGUAAUACUGCCUCAAUGUAACAAAGAAUGGGAAGUCUUACUUUUUGCAGGGGAGGGGAAAAUUUACUAUCAGUUUUGCUGUUUUACUUUAAUUUACAGAUAUUUGUAUUUAAUGCAUUUAUUUUUCUUAAAAAAACUACAAAAUCAACUCACAGGUCCAAAUAGCUUAAAAAUUAGACUUCUGUUUUAUUGCCAUUUUGUAAAAAAAAAUUUGUACAGAUGCUAAAUUUGUGUAUAAAAUGUAUUUACUGUUACUGUGUGUUAUCACAGCUAACCCGUUGCAUCAAACUGUGAUGUGGUUUGCUUGUACGGAAUCUCAGUUAGUAUGUGAUUUGUGCCAUAAAAGAAUA